GCCGGAGAGGCCAGGGUGGAGAAGGAGCGAGGGCCUGGUCCGAGAAGCCCCGACUGGGGGCCAUGGGGGGACAAGUGAGGCUACCGCCUGGAGAGCCCUGCCAAGAAGGCUACCUACUGUCUCUGCUCUGCCCGAACUCCUCCCAGGCCUGGUGUGAGAUCACAAACGUGUCACAGCCCCUGGCUUUUCCUGUCCUCUACAGGGACCUGAAUUCCAGCGUAAGCAACUGGAGCGUUUCUGCAAAAGUCGAAAACAAAUACAGUCUGUAUGUGGGCCUGUUGCUGGCAGUCAGUUCCAGUAUUUUUAUUGGCUCCAGCUUCAUAUUGAAAAAGAAGGGCCUCUUGCAACUGGCCAAGAAGGGCGUUACCAGAGCUGGACAAGGUGGACAUUCUUACCUCAAGGAAUGGCUCUGGUGGGCAGGAUUACUCUCAAUGGGAGCCGGAGAAGCGGCCAAUUUUGCAGCUUAUGCUUUUGCACCUGCCACCUUGGUCACCCCAUUGGGUGCUCUGAGUGUUCUCAUAAGUGCAAUAUUGUCUUCCUACUUUCUAAAUGAGCACUUGAACAUUCAUGGGAAAAUAGGCUGCAUAUUAAGUAUAUUGGGGUCAACUAUGAUGGUUAUCCAUGCCCCACAAGAAGAGGAAGUCACCUCUUUGCAUGAAAUGGAAAUGAAAUUGAGAGACCCAGGAUUUAUCUCCUUUGCUGUGAUCAUAAUUGUGAUCUCGUUGGUGCUGAUUUUGAUCGUGGCUCCCAAGAAGGGACAGACCAAUAUAUUGGUCUACAUUUCAAUCUGUUCAUUAAUUGGAGCAUUUUCAGUUUCUUCUGUCAAGGGCCUGGGAAUUGCCAUUAAGGAACUUUUGGAAUGGAAACCAGUUUACAAGCAUCCCCUGGUCUUCGUUUUGCUGGCUGUACUCGUGCUCUCAGUGAUGACACAGAUUAACUAUCUCAACAAGGCACUGGACACCUUUAAUACAUCUCUUGUGACUCCCAUUUACUAUGUGCUCUUCACGUCCAUGGUAGUAACUUGCUCCGCCAUCUUAUUCCAAGAAUGGUAUGGCAUGAAAGCUGGAGAUAUCAUCGGGACCCUGAGUGGGUUCUUCACCGUUAUCAAUGGCAUCUUCCUUCUACACGCAUUUAAGCAUACUGACAUUACCUGGAGUGACCUGACAUCCACUACUCAGAAAGAAGUCCUCUCUCUGAAUGGUGGUGAAAACAAAUAUGUCUUACUAGAGAAUACAGAAUGUUCAACCCCAGGACUCAGUGAUGACAUUACCUUGUUUAGCAGGACUGAUGAUCAAAGUCUCUAGAAACCCUGAACUUAAACCACAUAAGACACUUGGAAAGGGUAAGAAAGGUCUGAUUUUUUUUGAAGAACUGUUAGGGGGGAAAAAAAAAAGGCCUUCCUUUUGGGCCAUCAAAUUUGAAAAUCAAGGUUUGGAUCCUCCUCCAGAAGACUUCUACUGUUUGUCAUUUCUACAAACUUGAAAUAUUCUCUAAGCACAAAAGAAGUCAAAGAGUUAUAGGAGUCUCCGAGUAAUGUCUUCUGGUCACAAUGUAUUUGUCUCUGCCAAGUGGCUCUUCAUUUCUUUGGCUGCUAUUCUUAGUAAUUCAUAGAUAAACUUAACUAUGUGCUGAUAAGCAGAGUAUCAAUCAUCAUUCUCUGAUGAGUCAUAGUUUCAAAUUAUUAAACCUGAGAAGCGAGAUUACUGGUGCUUCCCCCCCACCCUCUAUAACUUCCUUCUUUCUAAACUAGAUAGCUAAAGAGUGGAGUGUUAAAGAAAAAAUAGGCCUGCCUUGGAAAUUUGCUCCUUGGUGGGCUAGAAUGCAUAAGACACACAGCCCAUGAAGGGCUUAUGGAUUGUAAUUUAUUGCCAUAUCAGAAAAAUGUAUUAACAAUUCAAAAGGGGAGAAUGGAGAAAGGAGAGAAAUACUUAAAUGAAAUACAGUGUUUUUUCUUUUCACACACACACACACACAAAUACAAAUGAUUACAUUCAAGGCUUCUUUUAACUCAAACCUGAAAAAUGUAAGACAAACUUGAGUUUCUGGAGAAGUCCAAGUGAUUUCAGCUUUAGAGUUCCUUAUACUCACUUUGUCCCUUUCUCUGUUAUCCCAAAGGUCAUUUUUCCUGUUGACAGACUUUUGUAAAAGUAACUGGUACAUUACUUUAGGAUUAUAUGGUACACCUCAUUUUUCUCAAAUAUCUAAUCCCCAAAGGGUAAGUUUUCCACAGACUGUUUGGAAAUAAUUAGAAAAAUCUUUGCAAAAUCCUGAAUGAGUUACCGUAAUUGUUCUCUUGAAAUUUGGCACUUUCACCAUUAUUAAGGAAAUUAUAGUUAGUCACUAACCUUUUUUAAAAAUAUACAUAUCCUACCACAAUAAGUAGUAGGUUUUUCUUUUUCUGUUGAAUUUCAUCCUGACCAUAUUUUCCAUACAUUUUACUGAGAAGUGUUUUUGGGGAAUAGGAAGGGGAAUGAACUUCCCAGAAAACAAAAUAUUGAAACCUCGGGGACUACUACAGGAAAAUACCUUUUGCAUAUUAUGACCUCUAUACAAUUUUCCUGUCUCCAAGCGCACAGCAGGAAUAACAUUUUUGGUGGGCUUUCGUGUUUAUGGACAGAUAUCACUCACUGAUUUCAUGAGAAAGAAAUUACCUAUUUCCAGACUAAACUUAUUUCUGUCAAAACAAAAGUCCUAACCAAAAAGUUAUGACAUUAAGACAAAACAAAACAAAACAACCUUCCAGUUGAUUCGAUUUUUUUCUGUUCCAACAUCAGAUGUUAUUAGUUUUGUUUGUUUGUAAUCAAGAUCAAGUCUGUCCUGGGUAGUAAUAGUAAAUUCUCUUACCAAGAAUUCUAUUCAACUGACAUUAGCAUUUCCCAGUUCUGUGGAGCUCUGACUGAUGUUCCCAGGGAAGUCCUGAGGUGACCAUGACGUUGGAAAGGGCUGUCAACGUCUCUUCAGCACAGGUCAGUGUUGAGUGCACCUCAGUGCGUUCCUAUUUUUGAAAAUUGAUAAUCCAUGGAAGAUACAUGGGUUGAUACCUCAGGUCAAGUACGUGUUUACUCUGUUGAUUGCUGUUUCACUUUAAUUGUAUAUCAGAUGUAUAAGCUAUGAACACAAGUUUGCAGGAGAAGUAUUUUCUGAAAAGGUAGCGUUAAAAAUGGUUGAAAUUCUUUUAAAGGUUUUCUUUCCUAUCGAAAAACUCUACUGAUUUCUCCAGGACACGUUCUUAGUGAGGAAAUUAAGGGCAUCCAGCCUGAGGCGGUGGUGGUUCUCCACUCUAGUGAGAGUCAGUGUCAGGUAUUUCUUAAAUGUCACCUGUUACAAAGCUUUGCCCUUGGUAUAUCGCGCCCAGGCUAAAGGUUCAAGGAACACAAGAACUCAUGGGCGUCCUGGAUUGGAAAAUGAACUGGUGUUGACAUACAUCCCUAGGAGAAAGGCUGAGAAAGAUUUAACAAGUUGAAACAUGUUGGAGAAACAAUGAAAUAUUUUUAAAACUCUAAAAAUCCCUGGUGGGGGGUGCCU